CUUUGCCUAUAUGAUGCAUUUCUUCUUAGAAACUAAUGCAAUUCUCAAUGUGAUAUAUUGAUUUCUUGUUUUUUAAUAGUCAGGAACUUGUACACAAAUAUGGAAAAAGCUUUAGACGAAGUAAUGGAUGAUAUAUUAUCCAGACCAAAUGUCACAGGAUGCUUAUUUGCUGAUCAACAAGGACUAUGUCUUGGAUCUAGGGGCAAAGUUAGUCCAUCUACCACAGGAUUUGUUGUGGCAUUAUCAGAUUUAUCGUGCAAAAUACAGCCAAAUGAAAAACCUCCAAUAAUACAUUUGGAAGCAGAUAACAGGCAAUGUAUAAUACAGAAACAGGAGAACAUAACAACAGCAAUUUUUAAAAGAAUCUAAUCGUGAUAAAUGGUAAAAACAAAAUAAUCAUAUAAAACAUUAAAACAUUAAAAAAAUAUUAGACACACA